GCAGCGCUAGUGCAACAUUUGUACGAGUUCUACCUCAGAUGCCUCCCCCCCCCUUCCUCCGUGUGGAAGUUGCCGGACGUGAUUAUAUACAGUUAGCGACUGUCUUCAUAAGGUUUUGCCUUGCAUUGACUGGUAGCGUCAGAAAUGGAACUGCUCUCCAUCAAAUAUCAGGAAAGCAGCUCGUGUGCGAGUAUGAAUGGAAACAAACACAUGAUGCGAUGCUGCCUUGUGUCAAUAUGUCGCCGUUUACAUUUAGCGAUGUGAUGAGUAACAUCUAAAUACAAAGUCAGUUUGCAAUAAAGUAGUGAACUAUUUCCUUCUCUGAUCAUUUCCUCAUCUGCUACUGAGGAGGAGGGAGAGUACACUUGUUGCUCUGCUGAAUUAUUCACUCAACUUCAUUUGCAAAAAAAAAAAAUGACCAAUGUUUUUUUUUUUUUUACUUUUAUUAUUUUAACUUCAGGGUGGGCUUGCAGGUAUCAGUAGUAUUGUACAGAUGGAACAUUUCUUGUUAAGAGAACUUUCACUCAGGAUAUCCAGAUGAGGGCGAGUGACUCAAGGGAUGGUCUCUCACCACAGGUCCUCUCUCCUGCAGACACCUGGACAGAGCAAUGCCUCAGCUGCAGCCUGUGUCUGACAGGACCUGCUAUGGUCGUUUCUCAUUACAAGUUCCACCCUGAAUGCUUCUCAUGUUCUGGCUGCAAAGCAAUGAUUGGGGAGGGUGAAUCCUUUAGCCUGGUGCAGGGGACAGCAUUGUACUGUGGUCCAUGUCAAAAGCUGCUACUUUUACAGCCAAAGUUUGAGGGUCUUUGCAGUGAGUCAGCACAGGAGCAGGAUCCUCACAUGUUAACCCUUCUGCGCCUCCCACCUCAAGCUGGAGGCAACAGGGGUUUCUCUGUGUCAGCAGAGAACAUGCAGGUCACACAGGUCAGUGCAGAAAAUUGGAACUUGCUGCACCAGGGAGACCGCAUUCUGGAGAUUAAUGGAUCCCCUGUCGGCACACUAAACUCAAAUGAGGCUGACGAUUUGCUUUGCUCAACAAACCGGACCCUACAGCUUCUAAUAGAGCACAAUCCCCCAUCUAACUUACCAGUGGAUAAUGCUCCCCCGAAAUCUCCCUCUUUUCGCUACACAGAGGGAAAGGGUAGCACCGAGGGCACCAUGAAACGCAGCUCCAUCCGGCGUAGUAAUAGCAACACCCGUUCCUCUGGAAUCUGCUCUCCCAAAGAUCCUCGGUCUGUGUCGCGGUCAGAGUCUCUGCGGUGUGGAGUUGGUGGCACUCAACAAAUUUUUCGUCCAUGUGAGCUACUACAUGGAGAGGAACUGGGGAAGGGUUUCUUUGGACGUGCCAUUAAGGUGACACACAGAGCAACUGGAAGGGUUAUGGUCAUGAAGGAAUUAAUACAAUUUGACGAACAGACCCAGAAAAAUUUUCUAACAGAGGUAAAGGUCAUGCGUUCUCUGGAUCACCCCAAUGUGCUGCGAUUUAUUGGGGUUCUCUACAAGGAUAGUAGAUUAAACCUAUUGACAGAGUUUAUAGAGUGUGGAACUCUGAAGGAUUACCUGCGAGCGGAUUACUGUACCUGGCAAAAGAAAGUCUCCUUUGCUAAGGAUAUUGCAUGUGGAAUGGCAUAUCUCCAUUCUAUGAGCAUUAUUCACAGAGACCUAAACUCUCACAACUGCCUCAUUAAACUGGAUGGGACAGCAGUUGUUGCAGACUUUGGGCUGUCCCGACUUAUUGUUGAGGAGAAGCCUCUGCCUCCACCAGAUCGCCCCCCCACCAAAAAACGCACACUAGGCAAGAACAACCGCAAGAAACGUUACACAGUGGUGGGAAACCCCUAUUGGAUGGCACCGGAGAUGUUAAAUGGAAAGGAUUAUGAUGAGAAGGUGGACAUAUUUUCAUUUGGAAUUGUUCUGUGUGAGAUAAUAGGACAAGUAUAUGCUGAUCCAGACUGCCUGCCGCGUACCUUAGACUUUGGGCUGAAUGUCCGGCUUUUCUGGGACAAGUUUGUCCCUAAAGAUUGUCCUCCAGGAUUCUUCCCUCUGGCUACAUCCUGCUGCCACCUAGAGCCUGACAGGAGACCUGAUUUCCCACACCUACAUGAUGCACUCACUGCUCUUUCUCUGUUUUUGGGAGAGCUGGGGAUUCCUCUACCCUCUGAGCUAGAGUACAUGGAGCAUAGUGUGCAGCUGCAAUAUGGCCUAACCCGAGAAUGUUCUAAACUUGAAGAGGGGGCCAGUGUGUGAUGGACUUAUUAAAAACAGGAUGUGAUGUACGGAAGUCUCACAGCCUGCUUUGCUGCUGCAGAGAAUUCAUCUCUUCACCUUCUGCUUUCAUGUACAGGCAAAGGGUCAACAAAGAAUGUAUUUCUUUCUGUUCUCAGCCAAGCACUGUUCAUUAACAGUCACAGGAUUCUUAGGUCUAAGACCUUGGAUAAACGAAGACAUGACCCCAUGAUAAUGAAUAAUCGUGGGGCAGAAUAAGGUAAACCUCAGGGUUUUUUUUGUGUAUUUUGUGCAACCAAUUGUUUGUUACUUGAAAAGUUAAGUAGCAAACCAUAUAUGUCAUUCCAUCUUAUUCGAUGAUCAUUUUUAGAACAAAACUUUCUGUUGAGACAAGGAUCACUUGCAUCCGGUUUCAGUCAAGAAAGGUCCUAUUUCCCAAUAUUAUGCACAUCCCAUAUCAUGCAGACUCCGAGCCGUUUCCUCUCGAGGGCAGAGUUAAUAUUCUACCCCUAUUGUACUGCAAGGGAAAAGAACAACACUUUUCUCUGUGGAGGUCAUAUUCAUUUAACCUGUGAAUUUUUGGUUUUAUAGCUUUGCUUUUGAGGCCAUUCAGCCUGUGAAUAUUCAUUAAUAAUCGUGACCACUAUUAGCAUUACUGUUACAGAUAAAAUUGCUGCAUUUUUUUUUAUUUUUUUUUUAUUGAAACUGGAAUUAUGGACAUCGGGAGAUUUUCGUGACUAUUUACUGGACUUUUGACUGGACUUUGAAACAUGUCUAUUCUUUGCAAUACACCUGCAUCAUUUUCUGCAGUGGGAAAUUAAUAUUUAAACACCAGGUGUUCUUAUGUCACACUCUAAAAUAUGGCUGCAAUUGUGCAUUUAAAAGGUUAACAAAGGGAAAUACACCCUAGCAUAUAACCAGCAGAUUCCCAUUAACUGCUUUUUCUACCAUAACAUUUAGGACAUAUUUAUCAAUUGCGAGCAAUUCCCAACAUCCCUAUCUUCUUGCAUUGACGUUUGAAGUACUGUACUACUUGGAAAAUGUUAAGACUUGUCUCCUCCUUUUCCUAAAUAUAGAAUGGGUUUCUUUGUUUUUUGUACCAUUUUGGAGAUACAGGUGAUAUCUGCAGAGAUCAAACUGUAAUCUUACAGGUAAAUUACUUAAAAUAAAUAAUAUUUUAUAUACAACAAUAAGCAACAAACAUUUUCAGGCUUGUUUGUUACAUUGGCAACUUUCCAGCCAGAACAAUGUUUUAUAAAACAACAGUGUGUUGUGUUGGCUGCCAGUGGGUUUGCCUGCAUGAACAUGCUCUUGGAUAUGUCCCUUCUACUGGUAUGUGCUGAGUAAGCUGUAAGCUAGAAAAUUGUUUAUUGCCCAUAGUCUAUCAACCAGAUAUUUAUAAAGCCAUGAAACCAUAUGUGUUUUCAUGCACAUGACAUGAAACGUGUUCAGGUUUUGUGUGCAUGUGUUUAUUUUGGCUGUAUGUUCUACCAGAAUCCUGAAUGCUCUUUGGAAUAUUUUUUUGCUGCACAAAUCUUUCCCUAAAUGAUAGACAAUUGUAAUGUACUAUUCAUAUUUUGCAAGUCAGGUUUUUUUUUUCGUUCCAGCCCAGUGCAUGAAUUGAGUCCACAGUGAAGUGUUCAUACCAGUUAUUGUUCUAAUCUACCAAAAGUUAAUUGGAUUACAUUACUAAAAACUGAAACUGCAGUUGGCCAGUGGCCUAAAUCAUCUGUGAGGUCAUGAGCUUACUUGGUUGUACAAGUGUUAUUCCGUUUCAGGCAAUAACCAUUCAAAGUGAUUGGGAGCACUGUGUGUGUUGCACCUUGUUAACCAUAGAUCAAAACCAUAAAAAGUAUGGUAGGUGAUACCUUUUAUUGAUUAUUAAAUGCAAGCUUUUAGGACUUCUUAAGUCCCUGCUUCAGGUAUACUAUGUAACCAUGCUGGAAGACCUAAGAAGUCCAAAAAAUAUGAAAGUUAUUGGGGGCUGACUUGGGAGAUUUUGUCCCCUGCCUACAUAGCUGUAAAAACACUUUAAAACAGCCAAUGUACCCUUGCUUUUGAAUAGGAUUGACACGUAUAAGUUUUUCUUUUUACUGGCACAGAUCCAUAGAACUGGCAUGCUAAAUGGUAUUUCUCUGUCGUCUUAGGGGGACAUGGAACAAUGGGGGUUAAGCGCCAUCCUCCAGGAAGCAGGACACUUGAAGUAAUUAAGGGGGCAUGCCAGUUCCUGCUUAACCCCACACACUUUACACUCAAAUUCAGUUUUUCAAGUGACUUGCUACCGGGAGGAUGGACACCAGCCUGUCAGAUAAGAUUCUGUGAUCAGCCAACGGUUGACACCAGGGGAGACACCCAAAGCAGGAGUACGUGUUUUAAUUUGUUUAGCCCCCUACGAGGCAAAUCCUACUUACUAGCCUAGGGGCUAUAUCGACCACCUAGACGCAUACAGAACUGGCAUUCUAAACCGUUUAUACGAUAGUAAAUCAUUUAAAGAGAUUUCAUGCCUAAAUACAAAGGGUUAUUGCCAUGCCACCUGGUGUAAAAAUGUUUUAACUUUUGCACAUUAAAGGGCGUAAUAAUUAACAUUGGAGACCAACAUCACCGGUGAUGUUGCUCAUAGCAAUGAAUCAAUAAUUAUAUUUGAACAGUCACCUACAAGUUUAAGUCACCUACAAACGAGUGGAUCUCUACCCAAUAUGCCCACCUUGAGGUGGGAGAUAUCGGGCUGAACGAUUGUGGGCCCUAGGGUCCAAUAAUCGGAAGAAAACACUGAAAAUACCGGCAGCCGGAUCAAAGACCGCAUCAAUGUACAGAUGCAGUCCUUGAUCCGAUGGGAUUUUUGAAUCUAGCCCUGGUUGGGGGGAUCCAUACACUGUCCAAUAAUAGUGGCCAUGUAUGGCAGCUUUAGAAAAACAAAAGCAAAGAUCUGAUUGCUAUGGGCAACAUCACCAGUGAUUUUGUCUCCAGUGUUAAUAAAUAUGCCUCAUAGGACAGGAAUAUCUAUAUUUUUAUCUGAUUGUUACCGAAUGAUCAUGCACAUGCUUUCAGCCUUGCUGCUUUUUAAUUAAACCUUUCUCGGGGAAA